CGCUUUUGUCAAUCGAGGGACGCUCGUCCUGAUAAAAAUCGAAAAAUUUCAAUGAAAAGUGCUACAAAUGCGGUUUAAAAUAUGCGGAAUGCCGAGUGCGUAAGCCGUUCAUUAUGGAAUUGAGUUUGUACGGAUCGCAGAUCAACCUGGCAACGCGCGAAAAAAUAACCCCUACCAAUAGCUACCAACAUUUGGUAGGGAUAGGGUUGGGGAGCAAUCAACACCACCCCCACGGCCACCAUUUUCAUCAUCAAAGGCCCGGGUCAGCCUUCAAUGGUAGUAAUAGUCGUCUUUUUCCGCCAAAUAUUAGACGUCCACUAUCAGCUGAUAGUCAAAUUCAGCGUAAAGCGACACAUUUUGGCGGAAGUGGAUUUUCGAGUAGCAACUAUCUGUCGAAACGUAGUACUUCCUCUUCGAGUUUACUGAAAUCGCUCCUGGCCGAACCGAUCUCACGCUAUUGGGAAUCGAAAACAUUAACAGGUUCUUCCACGUCAGGCGUGGCUUCGGGGCAGAGGUCCUCGAAGCAGAUGUCCUGUAAGGUUAGGAGCAAGAAAAGAUCCACCGUUGCAAAGAAAAAGCUAACAGCUGACUGUAGCUCCGAGGAAAGCAGCAUGGACGACGAUACACAAGAAUCGAACAACGAAGCCGAGCUGGAAAAAAUAUGGUCCGGAGAAAGAUUGAGGAUAGCGCCGGGUGUUGAAAAAAAACCUCCACUGCCGAGAAGCGUGAUACGUAAACCGGGACCAAGGAAAAACAGUUUAUUGCCGGGACAACUUAGUAAUAGUGGGGGUAUGUCAUCUAAGGUUGAUAAGAAAAUUGAUCUUCCUGGAAGGGUCUCAUUCAGCUCUAAUGAUCCGUAUGAGAUAGAUUACAGUGAUUAUGAGGAUAAUAACUUCGGUAUGAAAAAACCUACGGGUAAAGCUGAUUCAACUUAUGACGAAAGAAAGUAUCAGGAUACAACAAUCGAGCCAAAACCCAGGUACACAUCGGUUAAGUUCGAAGAGGACCUAACCAGUUCAGGCUACGAUACCAGAGAAGAUAAAUCUGAUAAGCUGGUCAAGUUUGAUUCGACGCCGGAAUCGACGUUUUGUGAUGAAGAUGAUUCUCAGAAAAUUAUCGAAGAUUACAAGAAAGAAAUAGAGGAUAUCAAUCGACGACGGGAAAUGGAACUUAAACUAGUCCAGGCUGAAAGUACAAAAUCGUAUGAUCCGAAAAAUUACACAUCACUGGAAGUCACUGAAACGUACGUAGAAGAAACAUUUCGGAUUACAGCAUGCGCCAGCGUCAGUGCUACAGAAGAUACAGAUGUCGAAAACGAUAGAUUGUUGGAUAAUCGACAGCAUGGUGAUGAAAAGCCUGAUGUUAUAAAUGAAUACUAUGAUUGUAUCAAUGAAAUCAUCAACAACCAAACAGACAAAAGGGAUAAACAAGACACAAAGGAAGAUUUGUUAAAGUUGAAUCUCAACAACGAAAUCAAAACUAGUCCCACUGAGAAGAAUUUCAAAACUUCACCAAAACCUACUAACUCAUUAGACAAAAAUAAAUUAGACAAUAGCUCGAAUCAAGUAAUCAAAAAUUAUUUUAAGGUCAAAGAUCAAAACUUAAACGAAGUGAAGCAACAAAAUAAAUCCCACCAAAAGAGCAACGUUCUGUUAAAUAAGAAAAAUUUUAAACCGAAAUCUGCGGACACCCACAAAUCGAUACUAAGAAAUGCGUCUCAGAAGAAAGCUCCAACGCCGAGUAAGUUUUCUCCAACGCUUUGUCGCGAGGAAAGUAACAUAUCAGAAUUUCACAUGGAUAAAGUUGUCAGCUGGAUGUCCUGCAAUGAGGAAACCUUCCCAAAAGCACCAUAUGAAAGUGACACUGAUGGACGAGCAGCUCCGCAAUCGGCUCCUCCUAUCGUUGGUAAAUGUUCUGUCACAACCCCAACGGAUAUGGACAAGGCUGAAGAGGGAUCCAAUUUUAACUUCAACCUAGAGAGAAGAGAACCUAGUCGAAAUGAAUUUACAAACUUUGAUGAAGCAUCAUUGGCAAGCGAACUGAACAACCCACCCUCAGAUUUCCAAUCAUUGAAAAAGGAAGUCGAGUACAGGCUGAGCAACAUCCUGGACUCCCGAGAUUCGCCGGACAGUACGGGUCAGAUUCAGGAACAGCAGCACCACGACAAAGACAAGAUGAAGGAUCUACUUUCGUAUUUAGAUCAUAUCGAGAUGAAGUGCGAGAAAAGUUUGAAACCGGCGAGACCAGCAUCAGAAUCGGAUCGCUCGGAGCUGGAAUUUGCCGCCGAACCGGACUACAUCGAAACGAUACCAAAAAUGAGCGAUUUACUGGAAAUUCCAGCCCAUCAGUUGGCACGACGUGUGAUCAAGCUUUCACUCCGCGCAAAUGAACUUAGCAAUGCUAUGCAUCUAUCCAAGGAUCACCUUUCGACGGUUAAAGCGGACAAAACGAAGGCAAUCCGAGCGGAAAAGGUCACCUUCCAGAACAAGCUAAAGGAGCAGAAAAAGCACUACGAGGAUAUCAUAGGCCGACAUCAAGAGUUCAUCGAUCAGCUUAUAAAAGACAAAUCUGGGCUGUGUGAAAAGGUUACACAGCUUACAAGGAGAAUUGAGUCACAAAAUCAGAGCUGGGAACAUCGUCUCAAAACUGAACUUGAACGAGCAAAGGAUACGGCAGUUGCAGCUGAGAAAAUAAGACGAGAGAAGUGGGUUCGUGAAAACACUAAGAAAAUCAAGGAGCUCACCGUUAAAGGUCUCGAAAUGGAAAUCAAUAAGAUGACAGCAGCCCAUCAGAAAGAUAUGAUCGAACUGAAACGUCAACACAAAGAAGAACUCAUGUGCGCAGUUUCCGAUCUCAAGCUUCAAUACGAGCAGAAGGAAGUCGACCUCAAGCAAACUUUGAUGAAAGACCGCGAAGCAUUCAUCGAACGGGAACGACAAAUGACACUAGAACGCUUCGACAAACAGGUCAACGAAGAGCGGCUAAUCUUCGAACAGCAGAGGCAACAUUUGCUGAAAGAGUUUGAAAUCGAAAAAGAACGGAAUCUCAAAGAACUGAAACAGCGCAAUCAAUACUUCGAAUCACAGAUUAAUGAACUUAAGAGCGAAAAUGCUAAAAAUUUGGAGUUUGCUCGCAAAGAGUAUGUUCAAAUGUUAAAAGAUCGAGAAAAUAAACAUAAGGAGGAGUUGGCUAAAUUGCAGAAUCAGUUGGAAGCUGAUUUCGCCAUUUGGAAGAGAAAACACGAGGAAACGGCCCGCAUGGCUUUGGAGGAUCGUGAAAACACUAUAAGGCAACAGCUGCGGUCCGAGAGAGAUCAGCAAAUUGAUAGAAUUGUUGCCAAAGUGGAUGCCGAAACGCAGAAAUACCAGCAAGAUUUCGAUUUAAAAAUGAGUCGCUUGAAGGAGAAACAUUCGGCUGAGUUGCGUGAGCAAGAAACAGCCGAAGCAUUGCUUAAGCAAAAAUAUCAGGACACCCGUACCCAGCUGGCAGAGAGCGAAGCCACAAUACAGAACAUGAAGUCUACCACCAAACAGAUGGAGCUGCAGCUGACUCACUCGAAGAAACUAUGCGACGAACUGCUGCGAGAGAAGGAAACGAUGAAGGAUUCUGCUCGCAAAGAGGUUCAGAAAGAUCUGGCGAACAUGCAGAAGGAUCAUGAUCGGGAAAUUGAACGGAUUUACUGCAGAGUUCAACAAGCCAUCGAUAAAAAGGAUUCGACCAUUGGAAAUUUGCAGAAGGAGAUAUCCGGAUUGAAAGAACGAUGCCUAAAGCAAGAUGCUAUUAUCCGUCAACAGCGAAUCGAUUAUUGUAUAAAAUAACAUGAA